AUGGCAGACUUUGCAGUUGAGAGCACUUCCAGUAACGCCAGCGAAGAGCAUGUCUGUGUGCCAUGUGAGUGGGAAAACAGCACCACCCACCUGGUGGUGUUCCCCGUGUUGUACACGCUCGUCUUCCUGCUGCGGCUGGUGCUGAACAGCAUGGCCUGCUGGGUCUUCUGCAGCAUCCCAAGCACAAAGCCCUUCAUCAUCUACCUGAAAAACAUCUCCGUUUCAGACUUCAUCAUGACCCUGAUGGUUCCUCUGAAAGUGUUGGUGGACUCUGACCUGGCGCCGUGGCAACUCAAAGCCUUUGUCUGUCGCUUCGCAGCCGUAGUAUUUUACAACACCAUGUACAUUACCAUAGUGCUACUCGGGCUCAUUGCUUUUGACAGAUUUCUCAGGAUCGUGCUACCUUUCAGGAAGUUCUGGGUGCAAGAACUGACCUCAGCAAAGGUCCUUGCGGCUCUGGUCUGGUUCUUCUUCUUUGCUCUCUCUGUGCCCAACAUGGCCUUAACGAACAAGAAAGCAACUCCCCAGAGCAUGAAGAAGUGUGCCGCGUUGAAGAGCCCCUUUGGGCUCAAGUGGCACAAAGCCAUCAAUUACGUCUGCCAGUUCAUCUUCUGGACCAUCUUGAUCCUCAUGUUUUUAUUUUAUACAAUUAUUGCCAAAAAGGUAUACGACUCUUACAGAAAAACACAGAAGAAAGACACACAACUGAAGAAAAGGAUCAAGGGGAAAGUAUUCAUCAUUUUUACUGUGUUUUUCCUCUGCUUUACCCCCUAUCACGCUGGCAGGGUUCCUUACACGCUGAGUCAAACGUCCACCCGCAUGAGCUGCCACCUGCAGAGACAGCUCCUGGUGGCCAAGGAGAUCAUGAUGUGGAUGGUCACCCUGAACAUCUGCUUCAACCCCCUGAUAUACAAGUUCCUCUGCAAGCUCUUCAGAGACAGGGUGCUAUGCAAGCGACCAGAGUUCCUUCAGAAAUCAGCUCGGACAAGCCUCACAGCCGCCACAAACACGUCUGUUACUGAUACCUGA